UCAGAAGCGCCUUGGUUGACAUUGUUGUUGUUGUAAGUAAGAAACUACUUUGUCGUUGAGUCCUGUUUUGGAUUUACAGUAGACUGCAACCUCUGGAUUAGCUCAAAAUCAGGAAAAACUGGUCUAAUAAAGGUGGAGGUUUUCACAGUAUUUGUCAAGAGGGAGGACUAUUAUGGGACGAUGAAAGAAAUGUCUGCGAGGCCGCUCAAGGUUUGGCUGGACGUGUAAGGCAAGUUGAAGAGUCCCCCUUCCCCUUGGUCCAGUGGUCUUGUCGGGGAGGGCGGAUCCCCUGUUGUUGUUUUUUUUCCUAACCUGAUGCCGCCCUGUAAAUUCAUGAUCACAUGACCUUGGAUAUGGACGCAGUCCUGUCCGACUUUGUCCGUUCCACUGGAGCCGAACCAGGACUAGCCAGAGACCUGCUAGAGGGGAAGAACUGGGAUCUCACCGCUGCCCUCAGUGACUUUGAACAGCUGCGACAAGUGCAUGCUGGGAACCUGUCGUACUCUUUUGCUGAGGAGAGGACGUACCCAGGCCCGGAGAAGGAGAUGGCCAGAGUGGGGCGCCCCCUUCUUCACCGUCAAGAGGAGGUGCUGCAAGGUGAAAACAGUGCCACAGAGAAGCGUCUAUCGAGAGGCAUCUCCCAUGCCAGCUCUACCAUCGUGUCCCUGGCACGGUCACACGUCUCCAGUACGGGCAACUGUAGUAGUGAGCCCCUUCUGGACACGCCUCUGUGCACAUUCCAGCUGCCCGACCUCACCGUGUACCGGGACGACUUUCGUGGCUUCAUCGAGAGGGACCUCAUUGAGCAAUCUAUGAUGGUGGCCCUAGAGCACGCCGGCCGACUCAAUUGGUGGACACGGGUGGGUCCUAACUGUCAGAGUCUAUUGCCAUUGGCGACGAGUGGGGACGGAAACUGCCUGUUACAUGCAGCGUCAUUGGGUAUGUGGGGCUUUCAUGACCGUGACCUGAUGCUGCGGAAGUCUCUGUAUGCACUGAUGGACCACGGCCAGGAGAGGGAGUCGCUGAGACGCAGGUGGAGGUGGCAGCAGACCCUGCAGAACAAAGAGUCUGGUCUGGUGUACACAGAGGAGGAGUGGCAGAAGGAGUGGAAUGAGCUGCUAAAACUGGCCUCCAGUGAACCUAGGAUACACUACAGCACCAAUGGCAGCAAUGGGACGGAGUCAUCAGAGGAGCCUGUGUACGAGAGUCUGGAGGAGUUCCAUGUGUUCGUCCUGGCCCAUGUCCUGAGGAGGCCCAUAGUAGUGGUGGCAGACACCAUGCUCAGGGACUCUGGAGGAGAGGCUUUUGCCCCAAUCCCAUUCGGAGGGAUUUAUCUGCCCCUGGAGGUGCCAGCUGCCAAGUGCCAUCGCUCGCCCUUAGUACUGGCGUACGACCAGGCCCACUUCUCUGCCCUCGUCUCCAUGGAGCAGAAGGAUGGCUCGAAAGAGCAAGUUGUGAUCCCUCUCACUGACUCAGAACACAAAAUGCUGCCUGUACACUUUGCAGUGGACCCUGGGAAGGACUGGGAAUGGGGAAAGGAUGACACGGACAAUGUCAUGUUGGCAAGUGUGACCCUGUCCCUGGAGGCAAAGCUCCAGCUGCUACACAGCUACAUGACUGUCACCUGGCUGCCCCUGCCCUGUGAGCAGGCACCUUUGGCUCAGCCCGAGUCCCCCACUGCCUCUGCAGGAGAGGACGCCCGCACCCCUCCCGACUCAGGAGAAUCCGACAAGGAGUCGGUCAGCAGCAGCUCCAACGGUGAUGCAAUGACGACAGCAGGGGCUGCCAGCGCAGGUGGAGGUGUGUCGACUAAGAACAGCUCCUCCUCCAGCUCGUCCAGUAACAGCUCGGCAACAUUGACGACGAGUACGGGGGGAAAGGAAAAGCCCAAGAAGGAGAAAGACAAAGACAAGAAAAGGGCUGACUCUGUGGCCAACAAGCUGGGCAGCUUCGGCAAGAGCCUGGGCAGUAAGCUUAAAAAGAACGUGGGCGGGCUGAUGACGGGGAAGAAUGCAGGAGUCGGCGGGGCCAAGCAGGAGGGCACAGAGAAGAAGAAAAGUUCGCUGAGGGGGCGGAAGGGCAGCAAGGACAGCUCGCCUUCGGCCCACGCCUCUGAGGACUCUGGGAAGGGCUCGCCGUCGUCGGGCAGUGAGCGUCAGAAUGGCACGGGUGGUGGCAGCAGCGAGAGUGACCCGUAUAAGUACAGUGCUGACGUGAAGGCGAGCCUGAGCAUCCUGCGGGCGGCCAUGCAGGGCGAGAGGAAGUUCAUCUUCGCUGGCCUGCUCAUCACCAGCAACCGCCAGCCCUUCCAGGAGGAGAUGAUCCAGCGCUACCUGUCUGACGCUGAGGAGCGCUUCCGGGUAGAGCAGGAGCAGCAGCGGAGAGAGGCAGAGCGGAAAGGAAGCACCAACGGCAUCCAGCAGCCCAAGAAGGAGGCGACGGCAGGCACAGAGGUGGGCUACCGCACCUAUGAACCGAAAGAGGAGCUGGCUGAGAGCUCACCGCCCAACUUCAGCCACCUCAAGUCGUCCUCAUUCAACCCCUCACUCUACUCCGGCGUGGUGCCCAUCCCCCGGCCAACCUUCAUGGACCAGCCGCCCUCCCCGGCCCCACUCACUCAGCACCCACACAUGCACGGCUACAUGGAGACGCGGCGCCAGCUUGCAGGUGGCUCCCCAGCCUCGUCUUAUCCCGGGCUGCCUUCCUAUGCCACCCUCCCCCGCCACUGCCCCCCGCAGGCACCGGUACCCCUCAGCCCCUUUCGCCUCAUCCCCUCUUUCGCACCCUCAUACCUCCCCGAGCACGACCCUCCAGACUACCCCACCUCAGAUCCUGUAGGCGGGGGCUACACUAACGGAUUCCGGGACUUGCGCGCUGCCCUGGAUGUUCCUCGCAGCGGGCCUCUCCCGGUCAGACACUACUCCCUGGGCAGCGCCGGAGGCCUGUCCAGCCGCUGCCGGACGCCCAGCUGCAACUACUACGGACACCCCGAGACGGGCAACUACUGCUCCUGCUGCUACCGAGAGGAGCUGAAGAGGAGGGAGACGGAGCCAGCCAUCCACAGGUUCUGAACAGACGGACUGACCAGAACUGGCUUUGUGGCCACCAACCACAAGGAAACUGAUGGAUGAGGUUUCUUGCUAUAGGACGAUACAGAGCCUGGCCCUCUUAUCGCAUCACUUCCUUCUCUAAAGGCAACACUGUGUGUGGAGAGCAUCCUGGACAGGAUCAGUGCAGUGACUUCAGAGACUGGAGAGAAAGGGGCUGUGGCUGCGGCGAGCGUUAGACAAUAGGACUGUGCACAUCUCUUACAUUUGUUGUGGCUCUUAUGCAGGCUGUAUGUGUGUGUGUGUGUGAGAACUGCAGGCUCUCCUCCACUUUGUCCCCUUGUCGCCUUGCAGCUGUCUCCUCCUGGUGGAGAGAAUGUAUACGGCAGGCGAUACACGCACACUGACAUUCACAUUACACACACAAACUAACACUGCACAAGCACAACCAGAAACUUGUUGAUUAUCACUCUCUACUCCAUAUGUGGAGACGACCUAUAUUUGGCCCUGUAAAUUGGUGUUAUUUUAACAUACGAAUCAACCUUUCAAUGUCUUGUUAGUCUUUUUAACCAGAGGGUUAGAGAUCUAUGCAGACUGACUAGCUUAGGGCAUUGCUGUUACCGGGUGCUCAUGUAUGACUUGGGAAUGAACAGUGCUCUUUCCCGAUGAGUAGUUGGGUUUCUUUUGCGUUGGUCCUCGCUCUUGUAAUGCUAAUUGAAACUACAGUAUUAUGUUACAGUCGUUGCUGUUCUGGCUUCAAUGGUGCUGCUAAUGUUCCAGAAUGCAACAGACCUCUAUUCAAGUUCAUCUCUCAAAUAUAACAAGCAAAACAGAUAGUCCUAUCCACCCUUAAGAUGCCUUUUAUGGCAAAGUAGCCACCCAAUCUAAAUUCACCACUGUGUCCAGAUGUCAGUCAAGUCCAUUUUUAGAUGUCUCCCAGUAUCAAUUAUAGAACAUACAUGGUGGAGUACUGUGGUAGAUAUUCCCGAAUGGCUAAUAUACAGUUUUUAGUAAGGUUGCUAGACUCUUACUGUUCCUGGCUUGUUUUUGUCAUUUUAUAUCCAUCGUGAAAAUGAGGCAUUUCAAUAAUAUGCUGGUACAUUUAGGGUCAUCCAACACUACUAAACCGGCAUUCAAAACCAACUCCCCUCGCAUUUUCAGCUCAAGACCUCAAGGUAAUCAGUACAUGCUAAACUGAUGAACGUUCACAUUUUGGUUGAAAAAGACACUGUCCAUUGUAACAUUGUAACUCUGCUUCUCUUGUGGCUGAGAAAGGUAACAGGUAUUUUAUGGAAUCUCGUCCAUAGGUCUGUGUUACUUUAGUCUAAAUAUUAAUACCAUUUCGUGAAUACCUACUUAUGGCAAACUCCAAAUUCCUGACAUGGACACCCCAUUGAUACGAUUAAAAACAAGUUGGAUUAUUUAACCCAACUCUCCUUCAAAUCCUAAUUGAGGGCAUUGUGUUGAUUCCAAACAAGUGACUGACCCCCGUCGCUUAACCUCUCUGCACAAAUUCAAGCACUUUCCUAAAGUCCAUAGACAUUUUGUUACUGUUUUGAAGGUAUCUGACUGUUAUGUUGUCCUUAGGUCAUGUCAGAACUGUAGACACUGCCACCUCUACUUGCAGGAAGGCAGACGCAUGGGCUAGAACCCCUUGGCUAAGGAUUCAGUUACCAUGGGAACAGCUUUUUGGUGCCAGUGUUGUGGUUUAACUCUAUUUCCUAGUUGCCUUUUUCAGUCUCUUGUCCUUGUGGCAUUACAAUCUUGUAUGUUUUACAAAAUGUGCAUCAGGUGUACAAUACUCGUUUUGCUGCAGUUUCUCUUCUGGUAUUUUUGUACCCUACUCAGUAUAAAGCCCCUGUUUUUAAAUAUUUUCAUUUUGCACCCAGACAUGGAGUCAUUUUCGAAGAUCAUAACAAAGUGAUUUAGAGAUCAAAUGUAUAUAUAUAUAUAUAUAAAUAUAUAUAAAUAAAUAAUAAUUCUGGAGUUUGGAACAUAUCACAUUUUUUAGAUACCGUUUUGGUCUCUUGUUACACUCAAUGAUUUGCAGAUUAGGAAUUGAUUUGUUUUUCUCAUCACCAAUGUAUUAACACUUUCUCAUCCAAGCCGUGUUAUUACCAAUGAGCCAUGUAAAAUCAUGAGGAAGAGUAAUCUUCCUGACUCUAUAAACGUAUUUUCACUUGAAGCACAAUAGCGAGAGAAUAUCUGUAUGCAAUUCACUGCCUUGCCCAAUUGAUGGCGCUCUUGUAUUUGUUUUCAAUGUUCCUGGAAGUUUCCAUGCUCGACUUAACCAAAUAUACAAAAGAGAAACAUUUAUGGGUACUAAGAUUUGAGUUUAUUUAAAAAAAUAAAAUUUGCCAAGUGUAUGAGGGACUCUUCUCUCUUUUUAAGUAACAUUUGUCUUUUGAGAGGCAGUUCAAACAUGCGGCUCAAAAUAGUCGCCCUUCAAGAGAAUGCUCCAAGACUUCGAGGUGGCAUGUGCAUCUUGAAUUGGAACCAACUAUUCCCCACAAUACCAUUAAGCUAUAUCCCAAACAAUAUUUCUGUGUGACGUGUGUGUGUGUGUGUGUGGGGGGGUUGCGUGUGUUUGUGCGCUUACGCUGUAUGAAACCAUUUUGCAACAAAACAUUGCAGCUCAUAAGGCGCAAACAGGUCAUCUUUAAUGAAAAGAUGAUGGCUAACUAAGAAAUGGGUGUAUGCGUGCUUUCUCUCCUUCCAAUGUAAUAAUAUUUGCUCACAUCAACAUUUUUAUUUUUAAGAAUUGGAUGGCUUACAGACAACAUCUUGAACAUUUGACUUAGACUGCAAACAACAUUUUUGUAUAAAAAACAAAUGACUGAGGUUGUAUAUGUUCAAGUUAUUUUUGUAAACCCAAAGUUUUACAAUGUUUUUAAAGAUGAUCUAUAUUAACGGAUGCUAAAAUUAGUGGAAGAUAAGCUUAUAACCUGGGUUUAUGGAGGAGUCAGUAUUCACCAAAAUGGACAGUUUGGCUGUCAAGGUUGAUCACAAAAGAGCCUCCUAAACUCAAAGAUUUCUCAUUAGCAAACUAGUUUCCUCCUUGCUGUCCUGACGAUAUGAUUUGAGAAUAUAUAUUUAUAGUGAGAAUCUUUAAUUUUUUUCCCCAGAAGCUUCCUUUUGGAAUGUUUAGUUGAGAAACGUUUAGUAUGUUCUUUCUUACGUGUCAAGCAGACUGGCUUUUAUUUGUUUGUUUUUAUUUGAAUUUUAAGUUUUCUUAUUUUUUUCUCACCACCAAUCCAUGCAAUGCUAACACAUUACAGCAAUGAUUCAAUAGUUGAUUGUUGGUGUUUUCAACCUAUACUCUUGCUGCAAUCCCUCUCUCGGAAUAAGAUGGCUUUGAAUUUGUUUUACUAAGUAACUGACCCAUUAUUUUUCUAUUGUACAUUUUCUCUCAUUUCUAUGGGACAUAAUAGUCAUCAGCAACAUGAACAUGGGAUACUUUAGUUGCAUGGGACUGGAAUUGUUGCAUGUAAAUGACUAUCCAUUUAACCAAAUUUGUGCAUUAUUUUGAGCUGAUUUGGGCAGUCCUGGUUUUGUGACCAGUUUUUUUAUUUUUUUAUUUAAUCUUUUCAUGUUUGGAGAGGAGAGGCUGUGACAGUGCAAUCUGGAUGGAAAGAACAUCUGAUUUAAUUUUUACAUUUUUUUGUUGUUGCACUGUUUGAAUAAAUUCUCAUUGUAUUUCAACAACA